GGAAAGAGCCUUUCCUCAUCCAGGAUCCUCAAGAUGCACAUGAGGAUCCACACUGGAGAGAAGCCCUACAGCUGUGAUGUCUGUGGUAAAACCUUUAGCAGUGUUGGCGCUUUCAGAGUUCACUGCAGGAUCCACUCUGGAGAGAAGCCCUACAGCUGUGACCUAUGUGGUAAAACCUUUAGCCAUGCUAGCAGUGUCACAGUUCACAACAGGAUCCACACUGGAGAGAAACCCUACAGCUGUGACCUCUGUGGUAAAACCUUUAGCCAGGCUAGCCAUUGCAUUAGUCACCAAAAAAUCCACACUGGAGACAAGCCUUACAGCUGUGACCUCUGUGAUAAAACCUUUAGCACAGCUAACCAUUUCAGAAUUCACAGCAGAAUCCACACUGUAAAGAAGCCAUACACCUGUGACAUCUGUGAUAAAACCUUUAACCAUGGUAGCAGUUUGAGAACUCACUGCAGGAUCCACACUGUAGAGAAGCCAUACACCUGUGACAUCUGUGGUAAAACCUUUAACCAUGCUAGCAGUUUGAGAAAUCACUGCAGGAUCCACACUGGAGAGAAGCCCUACAUCUGUGACGUCUGUGGUAAAACCUUUAGCCAGGUUAGCAAUUACAUAUAUCACAGCAGAAUCCACACUGGAGAGAAGCCCUACAGCUGUGACCUCUGCGGUAAAACCUUUAACAGGUAUGGAAGUUUAACAGUUCACCAACGGAUUCACACUGGAGAGAAGCCCUACAGCUGUGACCUCUGUGAUCAAACCUUUAGCAAUGCUAGCAAUUUCACAGAACACCGCAGGAUCCACACUGGAGAGAAACCCUACAGAUGUGACCUCUGUGGUAAAACCUUUAGCAGGGAUGGAAGUUUAACGGUUCACCACCGGACCCACACUGGAGAGAAGCCCUACAACUGUGACAUCUGUGGUAAAACCUUUCGCAGUGUUAGCAGUUACACAGUUCACCACAGGAUCCACACUGGAGAGAAGCCCUACAAAUGUGACAUCUGUGGUAAAACCUUUCGCCAUGUUAGCAGUUACACAGUUCACAGCAGGAUUCACACUGGAGAGAAGCCCUACAGCUGUGACCUCUGUGACUAUUCUGGUAAAACAAAUGGCCAUCUGAAGAGUCACCUACGUGUCCACAGUAGAAAAACCCCAAAGCAGUGAUGUGUGGGACCAAGCUGUCCCAGCAGUCGCCACCUGAAAAAAACUUCUGUAUGACCCACAGCUGGAAGAACUACCGGCCUACAACAUAAAAAUCUAAAAUCCUCUGCUGUUAGACUGCUCCUCCUAUGGUUUCUUCCAUUUUGUUGUCUAACUUUUAUUGACGUAAGACUGUUUAGCCUGUGUUACAAACCUUGUCUAGGGGGAAAGCCUGUAACACUAGACAAACACACAAGACGGAACACACAUGCAAACAGAGCGAGGGACGUUACAGCCUGUGUUCUCUUUUACCAACUGUCUUUGGAGGAGGGGAGCACUAAACUGCUCCUCCCAAGGUUUCUUCUACUCUUUUCUAAAAUUGUCUUUGUCUUCCUUGAAGGUUUAGGUUGGUUGAGGGGUAGUUCUAUGGGCGUACGUGAAGCCCCUCUGUGACAUUGCUUGUAAAAAGGGCUGUUCAAAUAAAUUAGAUUUGAAUUUGAUGAUCACUUGUGACUCGUCCAAUGCAGAAAAAGGCAGCCUACAGAGAGGGUGACAGGGGAAGCGCAGGCUCGUACAACGGGAGCUGAAGAGGAGCCUGAAGCAGGCCAAGGAGGAAUAUAUAAAGAAGGUGGAAAGGAAGCUGCAGCUCAACAACACCAGAGAGGUGUGGGGGGGAAUGAAGACCAUCACGGGCUACAAGCAGAAGAGCAGUCCGUCUCUCCUCCAGCAGCAGCCUGUCCCCCUUCACCAGCUCCCUCCACAGCUACAGCCCUAACUUCAUGGCUGAGCCCCCUCCCCCACCAAGCCUCCCCUGUGCCUCACAGCUGACAAGGUAAAGCUGGAGCUGAAAAAACUGAACGCGGGAAAGGUGGCCGGACCGGAUGAAGUGUGCCCAAGGGUGCUGAAAGUCUGUGCCGACCAACUGGAUGAGCUCCUUCAAGAGCUCUUCAACCUGAGCCUACAGUCAGGGAGGGUCCCAGUUCUGUGGAAAACAUACUGUCUCGUGCCGGUACCCAAGACUGGGCGCCAGGCCGUGCUCAACGACUACAGACCGGUGGCCCUCACAUCACACAUCAUGAAAACACUGGAGCGGCUGUUUCUGCGCCACCUGAGACCUCUGACCGAACAUGCACUUGACCCCCUGCAGUUUGGGUACUGGGAGAGUUUAGGGGUGGAUGACGCUGUCCUUUCCCUGCUCCACCGGGCCUACUCCUACCUGUACGAGCCGGGAAGUCAGGUGAGGAUUAUGUUCUUCGAUUUUUCGAGGGCCUUCAACACCAUCCAGCCUCUCUUACUCAGAGAGAAGCUCGAAAGGAUGGGGAAGGAUCCCUUCUUCACAUCCUGGAUUACGGAUGACCUGACAGGACGUCCGCAGUUUGUCAGACUGGGGAGUUGUGCCUCUGACAUUGUUUUGAGCAGCACUGGGGCUCCGCAGGGGACUGUGCUGGCUCCGUUCCUGUUCACCCUCUACACGUCAGACUUCACCUACGACUAUUUCUGGACUUGACAGGACUCAUUCAUUCGACACGGCUAUAGUGGCGUGUGUGAGGAAGGAGCAGGAGGGGGGAGAGUACAGGGACCUGACGAGAGCCUUCGGCGACUGGAGCGAGAGGAACGGUCUUCUUUUUAACACCAGCAAGACCAAGGAGUUGGUCAUUGACUACCGUAGGACUAAGCCACAUCUGCAGCCUACAUCCAGGGCAAGGACAUCGCGGGGGUGCAGACCUACAAGUUCCUGGGGGUGCCUCUGGACGACAUGCUGAACUGGUCGGCUAACGCAGGUGCACUACACAAAAAGGGACAAAGCAGGUUGUUCUCCCUGAGGAAACUCAGGUCCUUUGAGGUCUGCAAGGAGAUGCUGCUCAUGUUUUAUCAGUUAGUAAUGGCGAGCGUGCUCUUCUAUGUAGGGGAGGCAAUAUGUCCAAGAGGGACACUGGGCGGCUGGGCAAGCUGGUCAGGAAGGCAGGCUCAGUGGUGGGGCAGAGCCUGGACUCACUGGGGACUGUGGUGGAGAUACGGAUGCGGGGCAAGCUCUUGGCCAUCAUGGGCAAUGUCAAUCAUCCCCUCCACCAUGUCCUGGCUGGACAGUCCAGCAACCUCUGUAGUGGGCAAUUCGAGGUCAUUUGUCCCAGCUGUCAUAAAACUAUACAUGACUCCACACUGAUUUGCAUGACCUGAUCUACACCACAUAACCUUAUUGUAUUGUCUGUUUGUAUUGUAUUGUAUCGUCUGUAAUUAUUGUAAAUAUGAGAGCUGUGAGGGGGGGCAAGUGAGAAACUCGCCCUGGGCGCAGAAUGUGCUAGGAUCUGUAUGUCCUGAAAUGUACGUCAUCACGGUACAAUUUUGUAGCACGGGCGGUAAUGGUAGGCUAGUAUGUAUCACAAUAUGAGUUUUUUUUUACAUAAAAUGUUUAGGUAAUUUGUUUAAAAGGAAUGCAAUCCGCACCGGCCAUAAUCUUCCGCACUCUGCCGGGUUUGGAUGGAGUAGGCUACGGUAGGUUUGUUGCAUGAAUAUAUUGUCCAUUUGAUCAAUUAAAAGUCUGAACUUUUUAGUUUCGAAGCAUUUGUUUGAAUGAGUAACGUGAGUUUCGGACAAAAUUAUACGAUCAGUGAGCUACUAUAAAGCCUUGUAUUUUUUCAGAUUUCUGCAAAACCUUUUAAGCUAAAUAUCUAUUGUUUGUUUGGCAAAUUUGAUUGUGGACAAAAUUAUGUUUCAUAUGCUGUAAGUUUUCCUCUAUCUUGUAAUAAAAGUCGUUGAAAAUGAA